UCUGGACUAUUUGGUACUAGGUUCGAAGGAGCUCCUGCAUACUGGUUGCAACCCGCGCAGAAAUGACCUCCUAAUCACUCUCCCCCGACUUCUCCCACAACUUCUCCCACAACUUCUCCCACAACUUCUCCCACAACUUCUCCCACAACUUCUCCCACAACUUCUCCCACAACUUCUCCCACAACUUCUCCCACAACUUCUCCCACAACUUCUCCCACAACUUCUCCCACAACUUCCCCCACAACUUUCCCCACAACCUCUUCCACGAUCUCUUCCACGAUCUCUUCCGCGACUUCUCCCUCGCCUGUUGCGCUGCUUCCGUUAUUCUAAUAUGGAGCGACAACGACGCUCUGUGCGACAAAAGCCUCUCACUACUACUGAUGCUAUGAAACGUCUUGUUGGCAAGGCUAAAAAGGUAGCUGUACUUGGAUGCCUUAGCAAGAUCGAAAAACGUCGUGCUGCAGAUGCCAUUGCGAUCUCGCAAACAGCACCGAAGACUAGGAAGCGCCAGAAAUACAAGCUGUUUUUGUGUGACUUGCUCGAAAACAGUGGCCCUCAUUCGUUUUUAUUGUGUGCUAUUGCAUUGGGUCAAGCAAUCAUCGCCAAUAUGAAACAGCAAGAUCGCAGUAGACUUGUGGACCUCAUCAAGAAUGAUACACGACUCUCUCAACCGAAUAUCCGAGAUCUUGCCAUCCAAAACCACAUUCCAGUCUCUUUAGAUAUGUUGAACAUAAGCGGAAUACAAAAUACGAACAACGCCAUUAGGCUGCAGGGCAAGACGGCCGUUCCGGAAACGUACGAAGAGCAAACCAUGCAGGUCGCAUCACAGUCCAUGUCCAACAACGAGAUAAGCAUGGGCAGACAAAUCGAACUCAUGUGGUCGAAAGCACCGGUCGGUCUCAUUCCGCAACUCGGCGACGUGAUGCAACAAGCGAUUGAAAGCAGCCUUCAAUGGAAAAUGGAGAGGGCGGCUGGAGACGAGACAACCGAUUGCUUCGUGACGAUUGUCCCCGAGGAUAAAAAUGCAGAUAUGUCCAUCAAUCUGCGGGUUGGACAAAGAUUCGGUUUGCAGCUGCUCAAUUUGUUGAAAUUGCGCCCUAUGUGGUCAUCUUUACUAGGGCAUCUACCACCUUGA